GAGAACAAAAUGAAGUUUGCUGUUCACCUGGAGGAGCACUACAAGGUGAAGAUCAACCCCAACUCCAUGUUCGACGUCCAAGUCAAGAGGAUCCACGAAUACAAGAGGCAGCUGCUCAACUGUCUCCACAUCAUCACCUACUACAACCGCAUCAAGAAGGACCCAAACAAGCAGUGGACUCCAAGAACCAUCAUGAUCGGAGGAAAGGCAGCUCCUGGGUAUCACACGGCCAAGAUGAUCAUCCGUCUGAUCACGGCCAUCGGCGACGUGAUCAACAACGAUCCUGUGGUCGGAGACCGUCUGAAGGUCAUCUUUCUGGAGAACUACAGAGUCACGCUGGCAGAGAAAGCCAUCCCAGCAGCGGACCUGUCAGAGCAGAUCUCCACAGCUGGCACGGAGGCCUCCGGCACCGGCAACAUGAAGUUCAUGCUGAACGGCGCCCUGACCAUCGGUACCAUGGACGGAGCCAACGUGGAGAUGGCAGAGGAGGCCAGUGAGGAGAACCUCUUCAUCUUUGGCAUGAGGGUGGACGAUGUUGAAGCGCUUGACAAGAAAGGAUACCACGCUGAGGAUUACUACAACCGCCUGCCGGAGCUGAAGCGAGCCAUAGACCAGAUCGCUGGAGGCUUUUUCAGCCCGAAGCAGCCCGACCUGUUCAAAGAAAUCGUCAACAUGUUGAUGCAUCAUGACAGGUUUAAGGUCUUUGCUGACUAUGAAGACUACAUUAAAUGCCAGGAGAAAGUCAACGCUCUUUACACGAACCCAAAGGAAUGGACCAAGAAGGUGAUCUACAACAUCGCUGGAUCUGGCAAGUUCUCCAGCGAUCGCACCAUUGCCCAGUACGCUCGGGAGAUCUGGGGCGUGGAGCCCUCUCUGGAGAAACUUCCUGCUCCUGAUGACAAGCAUUAACCUGUCCUCGUGACGGUGAACACGUCCAAGUUUUCCUGUCUGUUCUCAUCCCUGUAGAACCGUCAUGUCUGCCGUGAAGCCCCCACAGACCUGCGUCCACACCUUUAACAUUUAACAUCUGGACGUUUACAUUUUCCAUCCAGGUUCCAAACUGGUGCUGAAAAACUCCAACCAUGAGUUACCCUUUAGCUCUUCGGAUGUGGAUAAGAAAAGGAUUUGUGGCGGGCUUUGUACAUUUAUUACUGGUGCCUUUUUUUAAUUCAAAAAUAUUUACUCUUGUAUGUCAACUUAGACACAUUCUGAUUAAAAUUUGUCUUAAAUACACAGAGUUACCCGAAUGGUCUUUUUGCCGUUUCAGAUUUGAUCCAAGCAUUUCAAAGAACUGAUGCACAGAAAUACUUCUGUCAGUUUUUACACAACAGCUGUUCAUUAAAUAUUAACUGUGAA